UUUCCCAGCGGGAAGCGCAGUCUGUGACGUAAUAACAUGGCGCUGGCUGGAUGAGCGGCGCUUUGCUUUCGAAUGCUCUUCCCUGUAUAUUCUAGGUUCCCGGGUGGAUUCGUCCUGCGUCCCCCCCCGCCCCCAAAGAAGCUUAUCUUCUUCGCUUUACACCAAUUAAGAUUUCACUUUCAUUAUAUUAGCUAACAAAUAAUGGGAGUUCACGGGCUUUGGAAGUUACUGGAAUGCUCAGGAAGACCUGUAAACCCAGAAACAUUGGAAGGAAAAAUUCUUGCUGUUGAUAUUAGUAUUUGGUUGAAUCAAGCUAUUAAAGGAGCAAGAGACCGUCAUGGGAAUUCCAUCCAUAAUGCUCAUCUCCUCAUAUUGUUUCGCCGACUUUGCAAACUGCUCUUCUUUCGGAUCCGCCCCAUUUUUGUUUUUGAUGGAGAAGCUCCUCUAUUGAAGAGGCAAACUUUGGCUAAACGAAAGCAGCAAAAAGAAGCUGCAGUCACAGAUUCAAAGAAAACCAAGGAGAAGCUUUUGAAAACCUUCCUGAAACGACAAGCAAUCAAGGCUGCUUUAGCAGGCAAGAGCAAUGCUGAAUUUCCUAGUCUUGCAGAGGUGAGAAGAGAAGAGGUGGAUGACAUUUAUGUGCUCCCUGCCUUACAAGAAGAUAAAAAAAAUAGCUCGGAAGAGGAAGAUGAAAAAGAGUGGGAAGAAAGGAUGACCCAGAAGAAAAUAUUGCAAGAAGAAUUGCUGGAAAACCCUCGUUCCGUUGAUGUUGAAUCAGACGAUUUCUUGAGCUUGCCUCCUGAAAUAAAACACGAGAUCCUUACUGACAUGAAGGAAUUCACUAAACGAAGAAGAACAUUAUUUGAAGCCAUGCCUGAGGAAUCCGAUGACUUCUCCCAGUAUCAGCUCAAGGGUUUGCUUAAGAAAAGCAGCUUAAAUCGACACAUAGAAAAAGUGCAGAAGGAGAUGAAUGAACAACACUCUGGCCAAAUCCAGCACCAGUAUGAAGAAGAUGGGGGUUUCUUGAAAGAAUUGGAAACCAGGAGGGUUGUAUCUGAAGAUACCUCUCAUUACAUCCUAUUAAAAGGUACCCAGUCCAAAGGAAAUACUUCUAGUUCUGUGACAUCUGCAAUCCAUUCUUCUACAAUGUCGAAAGAUUUCAAACCUAGCAAAAAUAUCAACGACAUGCAAGUUAAGCCAGUCACAUGUGAGCUUUCAAUGGAAUCAACCAGUAGUGCUUAUGCAACGCCCCCUUCUCCCAGAACGAUGCUUGCUAUCCAGGCUGCUAUUUUGGGAAGCGGCUCAGAAGAUGAGUUGGAAGAUGGAAACAAGAACCACCUUAAUUUAGACAAGUCUGAGUUCACGCCCAGUGUAGACAAAGGUAACAUGUCUCCACGAACAAUCAAGGCUAUUCAGCAGGCAUUAUGUGAGGAGGAGGAGGAGGAGGAGGAGGAGGAGAUUAUCACAGCACCAUUUAUCAAUAGGACUAAUAUUACUCAAGGAGAAAGAACGUCCAUGAAGGACCAUCUUGCUAGCAGUUCAGAUGAUGAAGAAGAAGCAGUUCCUGAAGAGCAGAAUGAAAAACAACUUUUACCAGUACAGAAAUUGGAAAGUAGAAAUAUUAAAAAAAGCCCAUGCAUUCCUGCUGUGCAAAAACGACUUUUGCCUGAGGAAGAAAAUGAAGAAAAAAGUGUAGAAACCGGGAUUUCUCAAAUAGAUGUAAGCCCUGAACCAUGUCAGAGUCCAAACAACAGCAUAAAGCAGCCAGAAAUGUCUUUGUCUCCAAUUCCAUCAGUUGGCUCAAGUCAUUCAGGUUUUGCAGAGUUAGCCCAAACUGGAAAACUUCAGUGUUUAAAGGAAUUGGCUAGCCAUUCAGAAAAAAAUGUGUCCUGUACACAGAAUGAAUUUUUGUUUCCUUUCAAUAUCCCUAAACUUGAAGAGAGUGUGGAACAUCAAUCACGGUUUGAAGAAAGUGAUUCUGAUGGUAGUUUCAUUGAAGUAGAGACUGAACCAAGUGGUGAACAAGAUCGAACAUCUGAGACAUCACUUGCCUCCACUGAAGAGGAGGUUGGAGUGGCGUCUGAAGCUUCAUUGGAAAUGAAAGAGGGGAGUGAGGAUGCUACAGAGAAUAAAUCAGAAAAUGGUGAAGAUGCAGAACUUGCUAUGCUACAAAAUGCUGGAAUGGAAAGCACAGAGAAAGCUGAAAUUAAUGAAUGGCAGAAUAUUAAUAUGGAGGAUUUGGAGGUCUUGGAAACAAAUUUGUCUGUUGAACAAACAGCACUUCAAGCUCAGAAACAGCAGCAGGAACGUACAGCUGCCACUGUGACAGGACAGAUGUUCUUAGAGAGUCAGGAACUUCUGCGCCUCUUUGGCAUUCCAUACAUCGAGGCUCCAAUGGAAGCAGAAGCUCAGUGUGCUGUCUUGGAUCUUACUGAUCAAACUUCUGGGACAAUCACAGAUGACAGUGAUAUUUGGUUGUUUGGAGGACGUCAUGUGUACAAAAACUUCUUCAAUCAAAGCAAGUACGUCGAAUAUUAUCAGUUUGUGGACUUCCAAAAUCAGCUAGGCUUGGAUCGAAACAAGUUGAUUAAUCUGGCCUAUCUCCUGGGCAGCGACUACACUGAGGGCAUCCCUAACGUUGGCUAUGUAACUGCAAUGGAGAUUUUGAAUGAGUUCCCUGGACGUGGACUGGAGCCUCUCUUGAAACUCCUGGAAUGGUGGGCUGAGGCUCAAAAGAAUAAGAAAAUACGUCCUAAUCCAUAUGAUACUAAAGUGAAGAAAAAACUGCGGCACAUAGAAAUUGCUCCUGGUUUCCCAAAUCUUUCUGUGGCGGAAGCUUAUUUGCACCCUGUGGUGGAUGAGUCAAAGGCAUCCUUUGCUUGGGGAAGACCUAAUGUGGAACAAAUUAGAGAAUUUUGCCAAAGUCAUUUUGGAUGGACUAAGUUAAAAACGGACGAAGUUCUCUUUCCUGUUCUCAAACAACUGAAUAUUCAACAGACUCAGCUGCGUAUUGACUCCUUCUUCAGACUGGCACAACAUGAAAAACAAGCCAUCAAGAGUCAGAGGGUUCGCCGAGCUGUGACCUGCAUGAGGAGAAAAGAGAAGGAGGAAGACGACAGUGAAGUCCAGGAGGCAACUGCUGUCCUAGAAAAAGAAUUGAAACAGAAGAAAGGGCAGGCAUUCAAUAAAGGAAGGGCUGGAUGCCAGAAACGAGGAAGCAAACGGAAAAAAUGUCCACCAUCUGAGCAACAGAGCGUUCUGUGUGGUGGCUUCAUAGGAGAGGUUCUGCUCUCGGAGGCAUCCAGCGAGUCUUCAGCUGAUGAUUUGGAGAAUGAAGCUUCCAGAAAGCACAGAAAAGGGGAGAAUGCAAAGAUGCUCGAAACGAACAUGGCAAGUCACAAAACUAGCCUAGAAGUUGCAUCUGCACAAAGUGAAGCAAGGAGUAGCAGCUCCAGUGCAGAGGAAGAAAUGCAGAUGGUGACAGCCAGGCCAGUGUUUGAGGGCAAAAAAGCACGAGGCAAGACUUUAAGGAAAAGACAGAAGAAAUAAUGCUAGCUGGAAACAUAUAUGGGGCUUUAAAAAUUAUCUUAAUCUUGGUAACUUGAAGAUGUAUAAACUUCAAGGCUGGCUGGGGAGUUCUGGGACUUGAAGUCCAUAAAACUUAAUCUGUUAAAAUUAAGAAGCACUGCAUUAUCGUACAAAUAUUUGCUUCUCUAGAAAGAUACUAUUAUCCACUUUCUUUAUCAAUCUCCAUCUCAUAUUUAAUUUUGAAUACAUUGAGACUGUUCACAUAAUUAAUAACAGCAUGUAUGAAUUUAAAAAACUUUUUAAAUAGGAAACAUCUGUUUUCUCCUCAAGAAAGCCUCUGCUAAGGUUUGUCAGUUUUGAGAAUUAUCUGAAGGUGAUUUGCGACCUGUAUGAUUUUCAGAAUGAAAAUGAAUUCAAUGAAAAAAUAUUAAUAAAAAAAAGGAAGAAAGAAAAUGAAUUCAAUGUAUGGUACUUCCCAUCUGACAUUAAGCUUCAUACUUCACAAAAACAAAAAACACACAAGUGCCCCGCAGUUCAGAGCUUUUGUAGUUCAUUAGCAGGAAAUAUGUGGACAGCCUAACUUCCUUCGUAUCUUGCCAUCCCACUUACAUUAAACAUCAGUUUGUGCAUUUUGCAGUACAAAGAAACUUCAAUGGAAAAAAGAGAGUUGAUCAUUUUUAUCUUACUACAAAUGGAUAUUAAACAAAUGAAAUGGAAAUGAGAUACCAAACAAGGGAUGUAAAUAAAUUGAAGAAAAGCAAAGCUUGGCUCAAAGUUUAGAUGAGAUUUAAAAUUCAUUUUUGUGUAGUUAAAUUAUGAAGUCUGCUGUGUCAGUCUGGUUCAUCCUUCAGAUGCCCAAUAUAAAGGAAAUUCCACACACAGUUUUUGUAGACAAAAAUGUGCAAAAUAUAUAAACUCCUGUUUUCAUUUCUUGUUUUAUAAAAUGAAUGCUUUGUACAUUUGUUGCAUUAACUGAAUUCCUCAUAUUAACUGAAUUUCAGUUUUCUGUCCAAACACACUUACAUUCAUCUAACAACACACAAGAAGCAGAUGAAAUACAAAACUAAACUUUAACCACUAAAAAGAUGGUUGUUAUAGGAUGCAACAGAAUAAUAGACAUUUUGAAAUCAAACUGUCAAACCAAAAACAAAAUUAUAUGAGAUUAUGUUGAAUUUAUAAUUAUUUAUCCAAAGGAUUCUUAAUAAAGCUUAAUAGAAUAUAUACAGCAGUAUGAUUCAUUAUCAGUCUAUUGGAUUAAUAAAUACAAGAUCCAAAUAUGGGUAUGAAACUUAUUUCAGGAAGAAAUCUAUUUCCUGAAACAAGGAGCUUUAACAUCAUUGCUAAAAAGAUCAUUUAUCUGGGGAUUUGUUUAACAAAAAAUAAUAAAGAUUUAUUUAAGAACAAUUACUUAGACUUGGAGAAAUAUAAUGCUAACUAUUUCAAGUUAGGAAAGUUAGGACCUCCUGGCCCACUAGUGUCCAAAAAGAAUUAUGAAAACGAAAGAAAAUGCUUAGAGAUCUAAGUUUCAAAAUGUAUUACAUUUAAUUAAGACCAUUUAUUAGAGCUUAACUAUAAAUUGCAGGGAAGUUUGAUUCACAAAGUGAACAAGUUAAAGAGUGAUUAAAUGAAUGCAGAAUUUAAAGAGAACGAUCAAUAUGCAACAAUAAUAUCAACGGGAUAAAAAUAUUUAGUCAGUACUAUCCUCAGAGAAAAUUGGUAUCAGAUUUUUUUCCUUCCAUUUGAUCAUAUCUGAUUCUCAGAGAGCCUUCCUGGCAAGGUUUUUCAGAAGUGAUUUGCCAGUGCCUUCCUAGGGUUCAGAGAAAGUGACUUGCCUGAGGACACCCAGUUGGCUUCAUGCCCAAAGUAGGACUAGAAUUCACAGUCUCCCAGUUUCUAGUCUUGAUGCCUUAGCCACUACAACAAUUUGGUUAUCAGAUAUUUUACUGGUGGUGUUUUACUCUAGUGUUGAUUAGACAAUUUAUUCUUAAAAUAUUCCUGGAAAUGUGCUAAUGAUACUGGAUCAUUUUUCCUGUGUGAUGUUAUGUCGUGUAAAGUACAACAGUUGUGGGAAAUGAUUUAUAAUAGAAUGAAAUAAAUGUUCCAUUCCAGACUGUCAGAUUUUUGUUAAUAUUGCUAAACUUUAUAUUCCCAUAAGGUAUACUGAUUUGGGUUUCUACAUGUAAGGGCUGCAAGAAUUUUGUAUCCCUCUGUAUGUCUUCAACUGAAAAUACAAUUUCUUCCAUAGAAGAAUGAGAAAGCAAAUUGUAGGAGUAUAUUCUACUAUCUCUGUCAGUCUAUUGUAGCAAAAAAACAAAACAAAACCCAGUUUGGUAGAUCUUUUUCAGACGAAGAAAUUUUAUUAAAAACCAAACAUUUGUGAGCUAUAGCGCAUUAUAUUAAUUGAAUGGCUAAACUGAUGGUUGAAUUGGGAUGAAGUAAUGUCAAUAUUAAGUUUAUGUAUAAACAAUAAAUCUGAUACAGAAUUUA